AAGAGCUCUCUUUUGCGACGGCGCCCCAUAAAGUAUGUUGUCCCUGGGUUCGAUGCCAAUGUCUUGGGAAAUUUAGAAAAAAUUACAAAAAAAAUGUCCGUUUUAGAACGAAAUUGCGUUCUAUUAUUUGAUGAAAUAUCAAUUAAGACCGACCUAACAUACAAUAGGGUUAGAGAUGUUAUUGACGGGUUUGUGGAUUAUGGGGAAGGCCAUCGUGAAAUGAAAUUAGGUAGUAAGUGUUGUUUUUUCAUGAUAAAAGGAUUGAGUUCCAAUUGGAAAUAUGUGUUUUCAUAUUAUAUUUCCAAAAAUGGACUUCCUACAUUCAAAUUAAAAGAAAUUUUGAAUAAGAACAUCACAGCACUAAAGUCAAUUGGUCUAAACGUAAAAGCUUUAGUCUGUGAUCAAGGGCCUUCUAAUAUUGCAGUUAUGAAUGCUUUAGCUAUUUCUGAAGAAAACCCUUUUUAUUUGCACGAAGAUUCCAAGAUAUAUUGUUUAUAUGACUAUUGCCAUCUUAUUAAGUCCGUCCGAAACACAUUUAUGAAAUAUGAUAUUUCAACCCCAGAUGGAAUAGCCAGCUUUAAAGUUAUAAAAAAACUUUACUCGAUCGAUCAGGACAAUAAAUGUUUCAAGAUAUGUCCAAAACUCACAGAGGCCCACGUAUAUCCUAGUUGUUUCGAAAAAAUGUCCGUAAAACGUGCAACCCAAGUUCUGAGCAAUUCGGUUGCGGCUGGCAUAGAAAUGGCCGAUAGCCAAAAUUUAUUCGGCUCCGACGAAUAUAUAUUAAAAUGUGCAAAGCCUACGCAGCUAUUUGUUAAAAAAAUUAAUGAUCUGUUCGAUGAUCUAGACUGCAAGAGUUUUGUUUCAAAAAAUCCCUUAAAAUGUCCGCUAUUGAAAAACGACUCCGGGAAGGUCCAACGCCUCUUUGAUUACAUUAAGUAUUUGAAAUCAUUAAAACUUCCGAACAUGGCUUACAGUAGGUGUAUAGGUGGGUUCUGUUCCACAAUUGUUGGAAUGAUUCAGUUGAGCCAAGAAUUAUUCAGGGAACAAAAAGAAUUAAGUUUUAUAUUGCUUGGGAAACUGAAUCAAGACGCGUUGGAAAAUUUUUUUUAUAGGGUCCGGGCUAGCCAGGGUAUCAAUACCCAUCCGUCUGCCAAUGAGAUACAGUAUAUAGUAGCUCGUUUAAUUUCGAUGAAAAUUUUGAGGCAAAAUUUUCAAGAUAAGGGGGCUAAUUGUGAGGAUGAUGACGAUAUAAAUUUAGACUGGAACUUAGGCCCCGAAGAUCGUCAUCUCGAAGUAGAGGGAGUCGAACAUGAAACAGAGCAACUCGACCUGGAAUCGUUUAUUAUUCCAGACGAAAACUUUGUUGAAGAGGACGACACAGCUGACGUCCAGAUCAAGCGCUAUUACACAGGCUAUGGUAUUUACCAGAAAAUUUUGUGUAAAAUUCAUUGCAAAAAAUGCGCUAUGGCAAUGACAAAGACACAAAGUGAUUUAUCGCUUUAUUCGGAGGCCCUAAUCAAAGCGAAAAAUUAUAAGGAUGACGCGGAUUUAAGGCUAGUCAAUCCAAGUGAUAGGGUCUUCGAAGUGUGUCGACUGCAGAUGAUGUGGUACGUCAACCUUUUCAACAAAUAUGCUUAUUGUUCAAAUGUUCGUAGUCUGAUGUUGUCCGCAAUAAAAGAAAAAACGGAAAAUGUUUUUCCUGAGUGGUUUGACCCAACCGAUGAGUGUUUUACUCAUAAAAUUAGGUUGUUAGAAUACUUGGUAACGGUACUGUUAUUCAAAAACUCGAAAUGGUUAGUAAAAGAAGAAAUUAGUAAUGAACGACAUCGGAAGCGCGAUGCUAAACUAAAAAAACUUAAGUCUAUCUUGUUGUAUUUUCAGGUAUUUUUUUCUUCUUAUUUUUCUCCUUUUUCAGCUUUGCAACUGAGCUUAGCUUUUUUAAACACAAAUGUUGUUUCCAUCUUGUUUAAGUGCAACAUUUGUUUUUAAAAAAGCAAGUGAAAUUCAAUGACUUUUUUUAUAUAUUAAGUCGUGUGAGAAAUUUCCAUUUCAAAUGGAUAAUUUCGUAAUUCUGCAUUAUAAUUUUUUUAACAUUUUAAACUUGCUUAUACAUUUUAUAAAAAAUCUUUAAACUGUUAAUUUUAAAUAACAAUGAAUCAAUAAAAUUUGCAUAUAAGUAUAUUCUGAAAACAAUAACCUUGACUUUGAUUUAUUUAAACUUACAUACAUAGAUACAUGCAGAUAUCGCAUAUGGGCAAGUGCGAAAUCAACCCUUAUUCAUAUACAACGUGGCAUGCGUAAAUGGAAAAAAGCCAACAGAUCAUAUACUUAUGAAAGUGCACAUGCGUGUACAAAAACAUAUCUCCGUUGUCACGAAAAUCAAUGGCCGAAGCUCACGUUUUGUCGAAGAGUCAAUGUGUCGAACGACUGACGCGACGAAUAGGCGUCACAACAUUGUGUUAUUGUCCAAGCUGUGCCGAAAAAACAAACGAGCGAACGCCAACCGUCGCCGCUUCCCUUGCCCCUACAACAGCUUCGCCAACAAACUUGCGUAAAUAUGUAUGAAGAUGUAUGAGCUUGCAUACAUAUCGACGCAGAUUUUUGCGAGCCACGGAAAAAUAUUUUAGAUUUGGCAAAUAUUUUAAAUCGACGAGAA